UUUUCUUCUUAAUAUAUGCAGAAGAAGACUUGGAUCUUAAAUUUCUCAGUGUUCUUUCUCCAUAUCUUUACAUCUUCGAAAGCAUUGGAUGUUACUCAAUACGGAGCGAUUGGAGAUGGAGUUACAGAAGAUUCUCAGGCGUUCUUGAAAGCCUGGGAAGCUGUCUGUAGCGGGACAGGGGAUGGGCAGCUUAUCGUUCCGGCAGGGAUGACAUUUGUGUUACAGCCCUUGAAGUUUCAAGGUUCUUGCAAAUCAAACCCUAUUGUUGUUCAGAUUUUGGGCAAUAUGGUUGCAUCAAGUAGAGGGAAUUGGGAAGGAGACAAAGACCAGUGGAUUCUCUUCUCAGACAUAGAAGGGCUUGUGGUUGAAGGCAACGGCGUAAUUAACGGCCAGGGUUCGAGCUGGUGGGAACACAAAGGCAGUUCUAGACCAACCGCAUUGAAGUUCAAGAGCUGCAACAACCUUAGACUAAGUGGACUAACGCACGUAGAUAGUGCAAAGGCUCACAUUCACAUAAACAAUUGCAACGGUGUGAGCAUCUCAAAUCUCCGGAUAAAUGCACCGGAAUCAAGUCCUAACACUGAUGGAAUCGAUGUCGCUGCUUCAUCCAAUGUUAUCAUCCAGGAUUGCGUAAUCGCCACCGGUGACGAUUGCAUUGCGAUAAAUUCGGGGACGUCUAACAUCAGAGUUUGCGGUAUAGAUUGCGGACCAGGCCAUGGAAUAAGCAUAGGAAGCUUGGGAAAAGAUGGAGAGACAGCUUCAGUGGAGGAUAUAUGUGUCCAAAACUGUAACUUUAGAGGAACUACGAAUGGGGCUCGGAUCAAAACCUGGCCGGGAGGAUCAGGUUACGCAAGAAGGAUUACUUUCAGUGGAAUUACUCUAGAUAACGUGGAAAACCCGAUCAUAAUCGAUCAGCAUUACAACAAUGGAGGUUCUGAGAAAAAUACAGAUGAUAAGUCAUCGGCGGUUGAAAUAAGCAAAGUCGUGUAUAGUAAUUUCGUGGGGACGUCCAAGUCAGAGUACGGAGUUGACUUUAGGUGUAGCGCGGCUGUACCAUGCACAGAGAUUUUUAUGAAAGAUGUGAGAAUAGAAACACCAUCAUCAGGAUCAGGACAAGUCGCGCAAGGACAGUGCUUAAACGUGAGAGGUGUGUCCACACUUGCCGUACCAGGUUUAGAAUGUUUAGCACUUUCCACAGAUAUGUUAUCAUCGGCGGAGUUGCCGGAACAAACUUGUAUGUUGCCGCAACCAUCAGUGCAACCAAGUACACGACCGAUGCAAGAUCCAUUUUGGGUUUAUGGAAGCGGAGGGAAACGACACAGAGUUUUUGAUGUAGUAUUAACUUCAUUUAUAUUUGUCGUUUUAUAUAUGUAUUAGGUUAUUGUUUGCAAAUAUAGAUCAUUUAUUUUGGAUAGUUUCUCUGAAUUAAAGAUCAUCGAUUUGCUUAGAUUUAUGGUAUAUAUGAAAAGAAGAAAACAACAAAUUUUUUAACAA